AUGGGUGAUGCAACCAAUGUAGCACUAAUAAUUGGUGGUUUCUUAUUACUCGUUAUUUUCAUAAUUCUAUUUGUAUUUUGCUACAUAUGCAGGGGUUAUGUUAGAUGUAUUCAAUGUUGCGGAGAUUGUAUUGGCGAUACAGCAGAUCAGGCAGGAGAAGCUGUUAAUAAAGAAAGGGCAAACAUUCAACAAUCAAUGGAUAAUGCAACUUCUGCAAUGUCAACUACUGCUCUUGCACAUUCUAAAAAAUUGAAAAGAAAAGCAAUUAAAAGAGCCAAGAAAAUCGAAGAGAGUUAUUCUAGUGAUAAUAUAGAUGAAACAUCUUAUUCAAUUGAACAAUACGAAUCAGAAAAAGAAGAAGUUUAG